UCUCAUUUCAGAAUCAUGAGCAGAAACUACAUGUCCAAGUUUGACGAGAUGCGUAAGGGAGACUACCUUAUGUCCAACAACCACGAGUGGAAAGCCUGCUUCCAGGAGGAUGGAAACUUUGUGAUCUACGGCUGGAAGCCCAUGUGGAACUCCGACACCGGCGGCCAGCGCGACGCCCACCGCCUGUGCAUGCAGGACGACUGCAACUUUGUCAUGUACAAGAGGGACAACAAGAUGAUGUGGCAGACCAAGUGUUCAGCGUCCGGUGGCUUCAAGAUGUGCCGCAUGUGGCUGCGCAACGAUGGUACCAUGGUGGUGGAGAGGGACGGAGAGGAGGUGUGGUCCUCUGCUCAGUCUAAGGGUUUCAAGCAGUGAGCAGACCCCCUGUAGCUCUACCAGGGAUCAGUUCAUGCUGAUAAUACCCACACUUUUCAUCUGUGCUGCAUGACUGUCUCCCUUGACCUAUGUUCA